UUAUCAUACAGUGUUUUUCACCGAUAUCUGUGGCAAUGAGCUCUAGCAAAGGAAUAUUCAUAGUAGGCGCCAAAAGGACGCCAUUUUGCAAAUAUGGCGGCUUCCUAAAACAACUGACGUCGUCGCAAAUUUUCGCCACCGCGGCAAAGGAUGCUCUGCAGUCUGCUAACUUAGAUGCAAGCUCCGUCGAUUGCACGAUUAUAGGAAAUGUUCAUUAUCUAAGCCAAUGCGAUGGUGGCAAAACUCCGAGGUACUGUGGGAUAUACUCCGGCGUGCCUAUCGAUAGACCAGCUCUGGGAGUCAGUAAUACGUGUGGUUCUGGUCUGCAGUCGAUCAUCAGUGCUGCGAAGGACAUCCUAUUUGGCAUGGCAAAGAUUUGCCUCGUUGGCGGUACCGAAAUCAUGUCAUCUUUGCCCCUUUACGCUCGAGACGUAAGAUUUGGAUCGAAACUCGGAAAUGAAUAUAAGUUACAAGAUCCGUUGAGUGUAGAAAUCAAAGCUACUAAAGAAUUAAUAGAAAUAGAAGAGCUUACUGCUGAAAAGUGGAAGAUAAGGCGUGAGGAUUGUGACCGUUAUACAAUGGAGAGCCAACUGAAAUUUAUGAAGGCUCAGCAAGCAGGCGUUUUCGUCAACGAAAUAUCAAAUUUAACAGUAACCGAUAAAAAGAAACAAAUUGAUGUUACCACGGAUGAUGUUUUACAAGAAUUAUCACUGGAAGAACUGGGGAACAUACCGACGUUAUUGAAGAAUGGAAAAUUUAAUACUCCAGCCAAUUCAUCGGCACCCGCAGACGGCGCGGCAGUAUUGGUAUUAGCUGAUGAAGAGUCGGUCCGUCAUCACAACUUGGUACCACUGGCCAGGGUGGCUGGUUGGUCGACCGUUGGAUGUUCAGAAUCUGACUAUGGCUUGGAAGACACUGUAGCUAUCAAUAAACUCUUGGAAUCAAUGAAAAUAAAGACUGCAGAAGUGAACUAUUUUGAGAUAAAUGAAAGGUAUGCCUCGCAAGCGGUGGCAACUAUACAGAAGCUGAAGAUAGAUCCAAGUGUCGUGAACAUCAAUGGCGGAGCCCUCGCCAUGGGCAAUCCCACCGCCGCGACUGGGGCUAGACUGGCUGUACAUAUUGCACAUCAAUUAAGUGGAAGUACAUUGGACAAAGCUGUAGCGGCAACAAGCUGUGGAAUUGGACAGGGCGUAGCAGUUAUGUUCCAAAAAUCAUAGAUGACAGCAUUAAAAUCAAAAGUCAAGGAUUCUCAAAGACUGACCGCAAAAUAGUAU